UAGGGGGCGUUGCUGUCAAUCACCGGGUCCCGCCACGGUAAUUACUCGCUGGUGCCUGGUGAUUUGCGAAGAUCUCUGAUGGGGAGGAGAACUGUUUUGUUUACUAACAGUCCUCUUCCCUGCCAGCUCAAGCACACUGCUCUGGAUGGCUAGCAGUGUGGUUACAGUGAAGCACACUGACAUGGCCCCCUAGUAAACCACUCCCUGCACACAGUUAACCCUUUUGAUCUCCCCUCAUGUUAACCCUUUCCUGCCCAAUGCCAUUAGUACAGUGUCAGUGCUUUUUUUUAACACUGAUCACUGUAUUGGUGUCACUGGGGAUGUCAGUGACACCAAGUCAGUUCCCCCCAGUGUCAGAAUGUCCACCACAGUCCCGUUAUAAGUCACUG